AUGUGGUCAGAUAGCCUCUCAUUGUAUCAAGUCGAAGUAAACAGCAACUUCACCAAUGUAACUGCAUUAAAUUCUUGGGUAAGAUAUGUUUGGUACGGAACCAACAAAUGCAAAUUGAGAUUAAAGUGUUUGCGUGUGGACUUUGUUGAUGUGCGAAUAGGGGAUGACCUAAAAUGUAAGAUUGUUGACGUCUUUACCACUGACAUUUUGAGAGAGUUAUACCUUGUUGGAUGUUCUGACCUUAGCGAACCAUUCCAAGGUACUAAUAUAGAUGUUGCAUAUCCAAAACUAACACAUCUAGGGUGGCAAAGCCAUCGCAUUUGUUAUGAAGACUAUCUAAUUCGCUUUGUGAUUGAACGGCACUCGUGGGUUAAUCCACAACUUGAGCCAGGAUGUAUUGGAUUUCAUUGGUUUUCAAAGUCUAUAAAGUACAAAGAACCUUGCCAUUCUUUGACUAAAUUCAAGUAUAAGAUGGAGAAAAGGAAGAGAAAAGGGAAAUCAGUCAUAAAAUUCAAGAAAUGCUACAUUGAGCUGGAAUUGGGAAUUAUGCCUGCACUAUACGAAGGGUUCAACAUUGAAAUGUAG